CGCGCGAAUAUUAAAUCUGUGUUGCUGAGCUGCGCUGCCUAGGAUUUUCUGGUCUUUUUUUUUUACUGUUUCCUUAAACUUCUAAAGAUGUCUAGGAAACGUGGACUAAGUUUGGACGAGAAACGGCAGAGGAUGCAAGAGAUAUUCUUUGAAAAGAAAGGUGUUUUCCAGCUAAAAGAAAUUGAGAAAAUAGCUCCCAAGGAAAAGGGUAUAACACCUAUGGCAGUCAAAGAUGUGCUUCAGAGUCUUGUAGAUGAUGGAUUGGUGGACUCAGAUAGGAUAGGAACCUCUAAUUACUACUGGGCCUUCCCAAGUAAGGCCAGUCAAGUGAGGAAGAGGAAAAUUCAAGAUCUAACCAAAGCCUUAGAUGAAAGUGAAAAGAAGCGGAUAGCUUUAGAGAAAACUGCAGCCAAGUCAACAGUCGGUAAAGAGGAAUCAGAUGAGAGGGGGGAGCUUCUAAAGGUCUUAUCCGAAAAGGAGACAGAUAACGGCAGGUUAGAUGCAGAGCUAGAGCGAUUCAGAGAAUGUGACCCGGAAGUAAUCGAGGAGGUCAAGGCAGAGGCAGCGGUUGCCAAGGAAGCAACAAACAGAUGGACAGACAAUGUAUUCUCUAUCAAGUCGUGGUGCAAGAAGAAAUUCAGUUUGGAGGAGAAAUUACUUGACAAACAGUUUGGAAUCCCUGAAGACUUUGAUUACUUGGACUGAGUAAGAUCUUUAUCAGGUGACAAUGCUGGACUGAGCAUUGUACAUAAUCCGUUUCGGAACCCCAGAGGAGUAUGGACCGAGUAUGAUGAUCAUUGAGUGAACAGACUGUACUUUGUAAGAACAAUUUGGAACCCUUGAACCCUCAGAUAUGGUGCAUAAGCAGCCUCCCCCAAAAAAAGCCUUGGCAGUUUUGUACGUGUAAAUAAAUGGCAACUGCAUUUAACAAAGUUCCAAAGCGUAUUCACUGAGCUCUGCGUUAUAAGAUACAGAAAUGUGAAAUAUUUUACAGCUUAAUUCAUGAAAAGAAAGAUGAUACAGUUUCGCCAUGUCAUAUCUGAACGAGAUUGCCUCUCAGUGUGUACCUCAUCAGGUAACCUAGUAGAUGGGCCACUCUACAAAGAUUUUGGAAUCCCCGAUGACCUUGAGUCGUUUGACCAAGUAUGAUGAUCAUCAUCAGGACACAAGGGACUCACCAUCAAACAGUGUGGAUACAUGAAGAUUAAUAUUAUUAUCUGGAUUAAAUCUUCGCCAUGUCACAUGGGGCAGGCCAUUUUACAAACAGUUUGAAAUCCCUAAACAACUGUGAUAGUUUGGACUCGGUACGAUUCUCACAGGCUAAUGAUUGCCUCAUCAAUGUACAGAUUGUUUGGAAAAAUAAAAUAAAAUGAUCAUCGUGUCGCUAGAUGUGGACUGUCCAUUGUACAGUUUGAAAUCCAUGCAACAAUAUGGAAAGUAAUGUCAUUUUCUAGACAAAAUGAAAAUUGUUCUGGUUAGCAGCUCAAAUGAAAUACCUGUCAACUGCUUGAUGUUAUCAGUCCAUGUUCUUGUUGGUCUACCCCUCUUUCUUCUUCCAUCAGUUCCUUCUUGCAAGAUGAUGUUUGUCAAACAAAUCUUCCAUCUAGUUAUUACAUUCCCAAAACACUGUAGCUAUCUUCGUUUCACAAUUGUGUUGAAGUGAUCAUGUUCACUUAUAUAACUUUCCAUUAUCUCUCUCACUUUCUUGUUGUCACACUAGGAAUGUCUAUACAGUGUUCUUAUUCUGAUGUUUGUUUAAGUACAGUAAUUCCGUCACCUCCGUGGAUGUACAAUUAGAGUAUGUACCUGUGUUAUCAUGAAAUGUUUGUAUGUUUAUAUCGGCAUGCCAGUCAGAGUCUAUCCAUCUAACUUCAUGGAGAUUCGAUACACGAAAUUAUCUACUAAAUGUGAAUAUGUAAAUGUUACAAAUGUAUUCUAGAAUAAAUCUAUAUGCCAUCCCGGUAUACAAAAUGG